AUGGGAAGUGAGAUUUAUUUUGAGCUUGAUAGUGAACUUGAAAGGGCUAAAAUAAACCUCUUUAUUGAGCUAGAAAGAAAUAGGCAACUUCAAAAGGAUCUAAGCCGUGUGAAAGCUGAACUUGAUAAGCUUUGCAUCCACCGUGGAAACACUGGUCAUUACAAAGACUCCUGCAAAGCAAUAUUUCAGUCUAUGCACAGACACAGAGCUUAUGUUGAUAAAAAACACAAGAAUGCGAGACCUGGUCCCCACAAGAUGAAAUCUGUCAAAGUGAAAGGGAGCAGUCAAAAAUGGUUUGUUGAUAGUGGCUGCUCAAAGCACAUGACUGAAAGGAUGGAAAAUUUUCUCUCACUCAAGGCCUUGAAAGGUGGAAAAUGUGUCCUUUGUCUGCUGAGUGUGUCACAAAUAUUUGAUAGAGGAAACAAAGUGGAUUUAUUGUCUCAUGUGUGCACUAUCACUAAUCUCAAAUCUGGAGAAGUGGUACUAACUGCAAAAAGGUACAAGAACAUCUAUGCAGUAUAUUUUGGCUCAUCUGAUACAGGUGAUUUGACCUGUCUCAGUGCUGUGGAUGAUAAUGCUGAGCUGUGGCACAGAAGAUUGGGACAUGCAAGCUUCACCUUGCUGAACAAACUGGUUGCAAAGGACCUGGCCACUGGAGCUUCUUCUUAUGGAUCUUUGUGGGCCUAUGAGGAUCAAACCAGAAGUGCAAAGAAGUACAUUUUUGUGAUUGUUGAUGACUUCUCAAGAUUCACUUGGACCUUGUUUCUAAGAACCAAGGAUGAAACAUUCCCUGUGUUUGUAGCCUUUGUAAAACAGAUUCAAGUGAAGUUAGGAUAUCAAGUUGUAAGCAUAAGAUCUUAUCAUGGCACUGAAUUUGACAAUGCAAACUUUAAUGAAUUCUGUGCUGAAAAUGGGAUUAGCCACAAUUUCUCUGCUUCCAAAACACCUCAGCAAAACGGUGUUGUGGAAAGGAAAAACAGGACUCUUGAAGACAUGGCAAGAACAAUGCUGAUUGCAUAUAAAGUUUUCAACAAGAGAACUCAAAUUGUGGAAAAAAGUGUGCAUGUGAUCUUUGAUGAGGCAGAUGAUGGAGACCUCUCAAUUCCAAAUGAGGUCCUGGAAAUUACAAAUGGAAAGGCUGAAAUGGUGAAUCAAGUUGAAGCAAGCAAUGAAGAAGAUGCAACAGAUUAUACAGAUGAUGCAAAAGUACCUGGUCCCUCCAUCAGUACACUUGAGGCUCAAGAUAGAGUUGUUGAUAUUGUGUCAAGCACUCCUAGUGCUGAUCAGAGAAGUGGAGAUCAUGCAUCUCUAGAUGUAAAUGAUUGUUCCAAUGUGGAGGCACCUGGUCCCUCAAGCAGUGAAAUUAAAGUAUCCAACUGGAAACACAAAAAAUCACACCCUUUUGAAAAUGUAAUCACUCCCUUAAACUCUGGCAUCCAAACCAGAUCUAAGGCAAGAAACAUGUUUGCCUACUCCGCGUUCAUUUCCCAAAUUGAUCCUAAAAACAUCAAGGAGGCAUUGAAAGAUGCGGACUGGAUUAGUGCUAUGCAAGAAGAGCUUUAUCAAUUUUAA